AUGGAUUAUCAGGACGAACAGAAACAGGAACUUGAAGUCCUUGAAUCAAUCUAUCCAGAUGAGCUUGAAAUCUUGUCUGAAACACACUUCACAAUCAGAAUCGGCCUCGACACGCAAACAGACAGAAGGCAUGGUUUACUUCUUGAUGUGAGAUUCCCAGAAACAUACCCAGAAGUUGUUCCUAAACUUGGUAUCGAAUAUCUUGAGGAAGAAGACGAAGAAGAAGUAUACGAUCUGGACGAAGAUGAUGAUGGCGAUGAAAAAUUCGUGAGUCUAGCUGAGACAAUGAUUUUCGAAAAGCCAGACUUUGCGACGUUGCUAUCUAAGCUCGAUGAAGAAGCAGAGCUCAAUGUUGGCAUGCCUUCUAUUUUUGCCAUUGCUGCUAUUCUAAAAGACGAAGCCGAGAUUUUAUUCCAGAAUAAGGUGGAUAAUGCCCAGAAAGCGUAUGAUGAAGAACUUCUAGCAAAAGAGAAGGAGGAACAAAAGAAAUUCCACGGAACGGAAGUCACAAAAGAAUCAUUCAGUAACUGGAGGAAGAGUUUCCGUCAAGAAAUGAAUAUCGACAAACUUAUUAAGGAAAGGUUUGAGAAGAUGCAUAAUGGUAAGAUGACUGGUCGUGAGAUAUUCGAGAAGGGCCUCGCUGGUGAAGCUGACGAUGAUUUCCCCGAACUUGCCGAAUCGACUGCUAAGUUAGAAAUAUAA